GAUUAGCCGGAUCACCUGGGGCGAUGUCUACUCAUGAGAAAGGAUUGCUUCUUGCCACACUAUUAGCCCGUCUGAAUACUAAUGAUGUUGACAAACUGUUGUUGCGUAAAUUGGAACGAUUAUCUAAAGAAACAUCGUUAUCCGAUGGUCCUGAGGCAGAGGAAGUAUGGGAAGACGGCGGUCGAUUUGGUGAAUUAAUAAAUGCUUUAUUGACAUUUUUUGAAGAUUAUGAUGAGCGCUCUCCGGAUCUUAAGGAGACAGGAUUACAGUUGUUACAACAGUUAUUGAUUAAUCAGACCCGUUAUGUUGCUGGGCUUGAGAGAGACGUGCUUAGAGUAUGUCUUGAUUGUAGAGCAGAUUUGGCUACCAAUGUCUCUGGACAGGCUGAUGAAGUUUUGGAAACAUAUGUUCAAAUAGUUGACGUUCAUACUGGUUUAUAUGCCUUAAUCGAUAUAAUGGAAUCCCGUAUGUUUAAUAGUGGUUACAGCAAUUCAUCGUCGCCUGUUGGUCAUUACGGACAAAGGUCAAAUCCAAAAGCAGCCGCAUUUAUGGUGUUGGCACGAUUAGUUAGACGAUUUGAGAAGAAAUCGUUGGAAAGAGAAGUUGGGAAAAUCGUUCCAUUAGCUAUAAGAGCGUUCAAUGACCCCAAGCCUGAGAUUCGAAAGGCGGUAGUUGAUUCUUUGGUAUCGGUUUAUUCAAUCAUAGGGGAUGAUAAUACAAUGCUCCAAUAUCUCACCAGUCUUAAUCCUGCACAACAGAGACUAUUGCAUUAUUACUUUGACAAGAGUAAGAAACAGCAAAAGUCCACUGCACAAGGGGUUGUUGUAUAA